AAAUGGCAACGGCAAUCACUCAUCUACUGCGAACGCUUACAAUCAACGUCAAGCACAGUUUAUCCCACACGACCCGGAACCUUCGUUGGCCCGUUGCGGCCAAACACCUCCGGACGGUGCUUACUGCGGAAUGACCUAAGGCAAUCGGAGACGGUUCACCCCUACAACAAUGGUGCAAUUUAUGGAAGGUGGCGGCGACAACCAACUGACGGACAUGAGCGGGAUGAAUAUUGCGGAUAGGCUGCAAGCGCACAUGGAACUUACCACAUUAUUUGGCUUAGCAUUGGGAUUUGUCGCUCUGAUCUUGGUGUUGUUCCUGUACGUCAAUAAGAUACGAUGCUUCGGAGCGGCCCCACCGUUUCUUCCAUUUGAUGAGCAUCUGAUAUCGGAGAAAACGUUCCACCGCAUUCGAAAUCGUUUCGCGUACGAUGGGAACAAUAGCUCCGACUCCGAGGACGAUACGUUGCGCCGAUUAAAGCUCGAACCUUGCGGCGACAGCUACAGCAACAGCAUCUCCUGCUACCAUGCGAACGAAAGCACACUCGACCAUGGGCUACACUUUAACAGCUUUAACAAAAUUCUGUCCGGUUGCAAGCACGCCCACACGUCGCGCGAUCCGCUCGCAAUGGCCGAAGGUGGCAAGAUAGGGAUGCCCCAUUCCAGCAACGACUGUAGCUCGGGUAGCUCGAACGAAGUGAACGUAGACUACAGCGGCACGCGCCUAUCGUUGGAUGCGCACGUCAGCAACGAUCGGUUAGCAACGGCCAACGGUGGUAACUCUUCGCUGGAAGGCUGCCUCACCGGUUCGAUGGAUUUGAAGCUUAAGGGCGAACCACUGCUGCCGGCCGAGCUGACAAAGGAGUGUGACGAGCGUGAUUUGGCAACGCGAAAAAAACCGACCAAACUGGCAACGAACAAUCGUACCGAUGGCGGUAGCGUGGGUAUCUGCUUCGACACGGAUAUACCACCGACGUCGGCUAGCGUCGAACGAACCAAUUUGAAAUGCAAACCGUACGUGGAGGAGGGUGCACCGACGGCUACCACGGCCGUGGUCGGGUUUGAACAGGCAUCGCUAACACAGCAAGACAGCCUGGACGAUGUUCUUAGUCUUAACAAUGAUUGUAUUUUAGUGUUUUCGCACGAGCCACUGUACGAUACCAGUGAUCUUAAGUCACUGAAAUCCGAUGGCGAUGCGGUCACCGCGGGUGGGUUUGACGGUGGCCCUACCACGACGACUACCGGCUCAAACGGGACGCUCGAGAUAUCGCUACUGUACGAUGCGCCGAUGCGCAAAAUGACCGUACAUGUACUGCAGGCCCGUGGUAUCUCCUCUCGCGGGGAUAAGGGUCAGCUAACGCACACGCAGGUCCGUCUGCUAAUGUUGCCGGCCAAGCGCCAAAAGCACAAAACUAAAAUCCGCUCCGGCGAGAAUCCCCAGUUUAUGGAGAGCUUCUUGCUACAUCGUGUCAACCCGGAAGAGGUCAAUUCGAUGGGUUUACGCAUCCGGGUGUACGGGUGCGAACGGAUGCGCCGCGAGCGCUUGAUCGGGGAAACGAUUGUCAGCUUUGCCAACAUCGAUCUGGAGCUGGAGACGAACUUGUGGCUCCCGCUGGAAUCGCGCACAUCAAGCUCGCAGGACACAGCUUCCACGAGCGAUUUACUGAGUAUUGCCAGAUCGGAUAGUGCAGGAUCGACCACUUCCAUGCAACAUGGUGGCGUGCCGGAGCUGCUGCUUGGAUUAGGGUACAAUGGAAUUACUGGGCGUCUGACAGUGGAGAUUGUGAAAGGAAGCCAUUUUAGAAACCAUUCCCUGCCCAAAGUCCCCGACACGUACGUCAAACUAUGUCUGGUGAGCAGCAUGGGCCAGGAGAUUGCUCGCGCCAAGACCUCCACCCGGCGCGGCCAAUCGAAUCCACUGUUUAAGGAAACGUUCAUAUUUCAGGUGGCAAUGUUUCAGCUGAACGACGUAACGCUCAUCGUGUCCGUGUACGCCAAACGCAACAUGAAGCGAAACGAGAUGGUCGGCUGGUUUAGCAUGGGGCUUAACUCAAGCGGACCGGAGGAAAUGAUACACUGGAACGAGAUGCGCGAUUCGAGCUCGCGGUCCGAGCUGAUUACCCGCUGGCACGUUCUGGUGGAUUCCUGA